AUGCAGUCCGCCUUGAAAUGGUUUCAAAGCCCAAGGGACCAGCGGCAGCCGAGGCCGCCUCGCACGUCGCCCACGUCGCCCACGUCGCCCACGUUGGGUUCCCAUGCCACUUCCGGAUCCAGCGCCAUGGCAAGCGCCAAUAGCCCCGUGGCCCCCGCCAACGCCAUCGCCGGCGCCACCACCACCUUGGCCAGCUCCCGCGACCUCGCUGCCUGUUCCCACCCAGACGCCCACACCCGAGCUGACCCCAAGCCUAGCCUGUCGGCCUUUUCAUCAGAGUCGCAGGCCCAGCCGCAGACCCAGUCGUUGUCGCCUCAAGCGGAAACUACUCCUCCCGACCUUUUCUUCCCAAGAUCUUCCCAGAGCACCCGUGCCACAUCUGUCGUGAACGCCAGCGCUUACUCAUCGAGGCAGUCGCCCACCGACACGUCCCCUUCAGACACGACUGUUUCUUCCUCCUUGACCGACACCACGUCCAUCACUCAUCCAGACGAUAUUACUGACCCUGCCAACGGCUGGGACACCUUGACCAUGACUUCAGGCGCCCUCGACGCUGGUGCCGUGGGCCGCAGCCGGCAGGACUCCUUUGUCAGCGCUGGCCCGAAGCCUAUUUCCGUGAAUAAUCAAAACCGAGAUAACGUCAACCGAAACCGCCGAGAGUCACUUGCGGGCAGUCUAAUGGGUGGCAUGAGCUGGGGUGGCAUGUCCUUUGGUAGUUUUGUUCGCGACGAUGUCAUGAUGCAGGGCACUUCGCCCAACCCAUUUGGCGGCGGCAUUCCUCAGUCCUCGUCGUUCCAUUCAUCGUCAUACCUUCCAAAGCUAGAGGCCAGCUUCAUGAGAGACUUUACCUGUUGUGGCAAGAUCUUACCCAACCUGCACGACCUGCUGCAGCAUUACGAAGAAGCCCACACCCAGCCCAGCCCAAAUGCCUCGAGGAACGCUGCCUCUGCCCAGUUCGGCUUGCAAAGCACCUCCAACAUGUCCAGCUCGCGGACAACACCGACCGGGUCAAGUCAACCAGGCCCUUCGCAACCGGCUGGUCAGCCACUUUCUCCCGGUGCAGCGCUUUCCCUGGGUGGCAUUGGAGCCGGCGUGAACGGGGGCCAGAUGAAUCCCGCUUUGGCUACCAACCUUCAUGACGACAUGGAGGCUGUUGCCGACAUGGAAAUGGACGACGCCGUCGGCACCAUGGAGCUGGAUGACAGCAACAAGAUGCACCAGACAAGACAACUGUUUGGACAACAGCAGCGACCGCAACUCAACAUGAAUACCUCCGGGCUUACUCAGGGCCUCCGUACCUCCCAGCCACCUACGCCAGCUGCUGCCAGCUUUGGCCUCCAGAACAACCCGACGGUGUCUUCUGUCAACACUCCAACCCUUGCAACUGCGCAACAAAUGCCCCAGCAACAAAACCAACCAGCCGCAGACAUGGACGAUAUGGACGAAGACCUCCCCGGAAUGCCCAUGGGUGGCACUGGCUCGACUGAUAUCGGCGACGGAAACUUUGCAAACGGCCACGAGUCAAAUUUCUGCAUCAACGAUCCCGGCAAGCACCUGUUCAGUCCAAAUGGCGCGUUUCCCCAAGGGAACCGAACUAUCCAGGCUCAGCUGGCCCAACUCGGGCUGGGCCAGGGCCAGUUCACAGACCCUCAGAGCAACAAAAUCCUGUUGCAAAGGCUUCAGAGUAUGAUGAUGCCAGAGGAACACAAGCCGUUUAAAUGUCCCGUUAUUGGCUGUGAAAAGGCUUACAAGAACCAAAACGGAUUAAAGUAUCACAAGGCUCACGGCCAUCAAACGCAACAGCUGCACGAGAACGGCGACGGAACUUUCUCCAUCGUGAACCCGGAAACGAGCGCCCCAUACCCGGGAACAAUGGGAAUGGAGAAAGAAAAGCCUUUCAACUGCGAAACUUGCGGCAAACGCUACAAGAACUUGAACGGAUUGAAAUAUCACAAGUCGCACUCCCUGCCUUGCAACCCAGAGUUUAAGCUCCAGGCACUUGCCGCAGGCUUGACGCUGCCGGGCAUUGGAGAAGAUCAAAUGAUACAAUAG